AUGGGAUUUGGCAAAUCAUAUGGCCAUAAUACAGUUUGUCCAAUUGGCCUUGGAACUCAGACCUCUACACUUAAGGGACAAACUGUCACGCCGAAAUCUAGCCCCGUGAACAAAGGACGAAAGUUCAUCACUUUUGAAGAGAAAGGGACACUUCCGGUUGGAGAACAGCAAGAACAAGACCAUGGGAGCAACUCUAUACAAUCUGGAACUAUAGUGGACCAAGGUCAAGGGACCAGCAGCGGUUUAACUCAAGGAAGCGUGGUUGAAUCUGAAGAAGAGGUUCCUUUAGCAUUAUUGGUUGAUAUCAAAGGAAAAGGAAAAAUGGUUGAGUCUGUGGCGUCGGCUAAGAUGAAGCGAAAGGGAGGUGGGGAGAUGUAG